CCAGAGAGAGCCCAAUGAGCUGAGCUGAGAGCCUUUGUGUGCAGAGGGAGGAGGCGGCGGCGACAGCCGCCCGGCUGGAGACCCCGCCCGGGGAGCCCCCGGCAGGAACAAUGCUAGCCUGCCUGACCCGUGGGAACUUACUGGACGUCCUGCAGGAGGGCUUCAAUGAGCAACAGCUCCAGGCCUAUGUGGCCUGGGUGAAUGUACAGCUGAAGAAGAGGCCAUCAGUGAGGCCUGUGCAGGACCUGCGACAGGAUCUCCGCGAUGGGGUGAUCCUGGCAUAUCUCAUCGAAAUUGUUGCAGGAGAAAAGCUGAGUGGGGUACAGUUGAGUCCAAGUAACCAACAAGAGAUGAAGAAUAAUGUGGAGAAAGUACUACAGUUUGUGGCCUCCAAAAAGAUUCGUAUGCAUCAGACUUCAGCUAAAGAUAUCGUGGAAGGAAACCUGAAGUCCAUCAUGAGGCUGGUCCUUGCGUUGGCAGCUCAUUUCAAACCUGGCUCUAGCAGGAUGGUGAGCCAAGGACAAGACUCCAGAGCCCCUCUACAGAGUCACCAGCCACAUUGUGCCACUGCCGUGGCUCAAGGAGCAGCUGCUGCUUUAGCUGAUGUGUGCCAUGACAUGUCACGAUCAGGACGGGAUGUCUUCAGAUACAGACAGAGGAACAGUAGCAUGGAUGAGGAGAUUGAGAAUCCAUACUGGAGCGUGCGGGCACUGGUGCAGCAGUAUGAAGGACAGCAAAGGUCUCCUUCUGAGUCGAGCUGCUCCAGCCUGACUUCACCCAGUCCAAUUCACAGUGCAAAGAGUGAGUCCAUUAUAACACAGUCAGAGGAGAAGGCAGAUUUUGUGAUUAUUCCCUCUGAAGGAAUAGAGAACAGAACAGAGGAGACAGACUCUCCAUUAUCCCGAGACUGGCGACCUGGGAGCCCUAGAACCUAUCUGGAGACCUCAUGGGAAGAACAGCUGUUGGAACAACAAGAACAUUUAGAAAAAGAAAUGGAGGAAGCAAAGAAAAUGAUAUCAGGACUACAGGCCUUGUUGCUCAAUGGAUCCUUACCUGAAGAUGAACAGGAAAGGCCUUUGGCCCUCUGUGAACCAGGAGCCAAUCCGGAGGAACAACUGGUUAUAAUUCAAAGUCGUUUGGAUCAGAGUAUGGUGGAAAAUCAGGACCUAAAGAAAGAGCUGCUGAAAUGUAAACAAGAAGCCAGAAACUUACAGGGUAUAAAGGAUGCCUUGCAACAGAGAUUGACUCAGCAGGACACAGCUGUUCUUCAGCUCAAACAAGAACUACUGAGGGCAAAUAUGGACAAAGAUGAGCUUCAGAACCAGAAUGUGGAUCUGCAGAGGAAGCUGGACGAGAGGAACCGGCUCUUGGGAGAAUAUAAAAAAGAGCUGGGGCAGAAGGAUCGCCUCCUUCAACAGCACCAGGUCAAGCUGGAAGAAGCACUCCGAAAACUCUCAGAUGCCAGUCAUCAGCAGGUGGAUCUAGAACGGGAACUAGAACACAAAGAUGUCCUUUUGGCUCACUGUAUGAAAAGAGAGGCAGAUGAGGUAACCAACUACAACAGUCACAAUUCUCAAAGCAAUGGUUUUCUCCUUCCAACAGCAGGAAAAGGAGCUGCUUCCAUCACCCACAGAGGGACCAGUGACUUGCAGAUUGUUCGAGAUGCUCUCCGCAGCCUGCGCAACAGCUUCAGUGGCCAUGAUCCUCAGCACCACACCAUUGACAGCCUGGAGCAGGGCAUCUCCAGCCUAAUGGAGCGCCUCCACGUCAUGGAGACACAGAAGAAACAAGAAAGGAAGGUUUGGAGCAAGUCACCCAGAAUGCAAGCAGGUAGUGAAUACCGGGAAUCCUGGCCCCCUAAUUCAAAAUUGCCUCACUCACAGAGUUCUCCAGCUGUGAGCAGCACCUGCACAAAAGUGCUCUAUUUCACUGACCGGUCACUUACACCCUUCAUGGUCAAUAUACCAAAGAGGUUGGGAGAAGUGACUUUGAAGGAUUUUAAAGCAGCUAUUGAUCGGGAUGGGAAUCAUCGGUAUCACUUCAAAGCAUUGGAUCCUGAGUUUGGCACUGUCAAAGAGGAGGUUUUUCAUGAUGAUGAUGCCAUCCCAGGAUGGGAAGGGAAAAUUGUAGCCUGGGUGGAAGAAGACCAUGGAGAGAAUUAAUGCCGAGUAUUGGAACCUGGUCACUCCUGGCUGCUUCACUCAGGAAAGGGGACUUAAACCAGAGUACAUUAAGAAGUUUCUAAUUUGUGCUGCCAAAACAGAAGCUUCUCCAAGUAUGAUGGUUAUCUGCUAGACCUGUUUCUGUGCCUGGCAUGUCUGGUACUUAAAAUCCCUGUCCAUAUGUGGACCAUGGGUUCAUCUGGAGUUCCUUGUCCAUGGGAAGUGUUUUGUUCACUCUGAGGAUAACAAACCGAAGGCCUUAACCAAUGGGGAUGGAUGAUCCCGCUCCUGUAGGGGCAUGGCUGCUAUUAUCUGGAACCUAGGAAUUGGAUGCAUUACUCCUGUGUGUUACAGUAUUAAUUUAAUUGGCCUCAAUGGUUGCAGCAAUCAGAGUCCCAGCAUUGUACUCACAGACAAGGCAAAGGUACCAACUUUUCUGCUUCUUUGCAGAUACCACAAACCAAGAAUAACUCGUGAGGUGGUACCAAAGAUGAAAGCCCACUCUUCAAUAAUUGUUUGAACUGGACAUGGAUGGUGCUGAAUUUUUGAUUGGAUGGAAAAAGGGCUGCCCCAAAUUGUGCUAUUCUAUUCUAAAACCAUAAUUAAGACCUUGGGCUGCCUCUUCUGGUCUUAUCUGGUUCUGCAUCUUGUCGUUCAGCCCACAUAGGGCAUAUUUCAUGUACUGCUAGUUUUCUCUGGGGACUCUUAAACUUUAGAGCCAUUUA